GCUCAAUUCCUUUUUUUUAUUGAUUUCAUUCAUUCAGUCUUUCAGUCUCUCAUUCUUUCAGUUUCUUUCAACAUUCCAACUCUUGUCUUUACACCUUGCUCUCAUUUCCCUCCUUUAUCGAAUAAAAAAGAAAGAAAAAAACCAUCGACCACCAUCCUCUUUGCAACCAUGGCGCCCACGGUCCAAACUCCAUUGUUUUCCUUCAUAUCUGACCAAUCACUGGCACUGCUACUGCCUGUAAUUGUAUACUGGGUCUAUUCUUUGAUUUUUCACUGGAUCUCCAUCAAAGAAUUUCCCUGGUUCGAAAAGUAUCGUAUCCAUGACAAAGAGGAGGAAACCCGUAAUAGAGUUUCUUUACCAGAUGUCAUCAAGGCUGUCAUCGUCCAACAGGCUCUUCAGGUAGGAAGAAACAAAUGUGAUCUUCGGUUUGAGGGAAAGACUUGAAGUUCAUGAACAGCUAUCUGAUAAACGAGGGAAAAGAGAAAAUAGCAAAAAGGACUUGUGACAGAGAUCUUAUAAUGUGUGGUUCUUCUCUAGUUCUUCCUUCAAGGAAAGGAUUGGUUUACUUCAUCAUUCAAAAACAACGCACCCUGAGGAAAUUCCAGUGAUAUAUACUACUACACAAUGCAGAUGAGGUGGUUGGGCCCCAGCAACAGCAAG